AUGUUUCUCCUCCGCCGUUAUACCAAAAGAAGCCUCUUUUCUAUCUCCACCCUCGAUUUCAUACCCUUCGAUGAAUCAAUUAUUCGUCAUUUCACCAGUCUCGAGCCUUUGCAAAGCUCCGAUUCAAACCCAGCAUCAACCAAAGGAGACUACUUCGCCGCGAUCAACCACGUCGUCAACCUCGUCCGCCGCGAAAUCCACCCAGAGCGAUCCCUGAACCGUCUCCGCCUCCCCGUAACCUCCGAAUUCGUGUUCAGAGUCCUCCGCGCCACCUCCCGAUCCGCCAACGACUCUCUCCGCUUCUUCAACUGGGCCCGAUCAAACCCUAGCUACACGCCGACCUCCAUGGAGUACGAGCAGCUCGCAAAGUCCCUAGCUUUGCACAAAAAAUACGAAUCCAUGUGGAAGAUCCUCAAGCAGAUGAAGGAUCUCUCCCUAGACAUCUCCGGGGAGACUCUCUGCUUCAUCAUAGAGCAGUACGGUAAGAACGGACACGUGGAUCAAGCCGUUGAGCUUUUCAACGGCGUUGGGAAGAUUCUCGGGUGCCAACAAACUGUGGAAGUUUACAACUCUUUGCUCCACGCGCUUUGCGAGGUGAGGAUGUUCCACGGAGCUUAUGCUUUGAUCAGGAGGAUGAUAAGGAAAGGGAUUAAGCCUGAUAAGAGGACGUACUCUAUAUUGGUUAAUGGUUGGUGUUCUGCUGGGAAGAUGAAGGAGGCUCAGGAGUUUCUUGAUGAGAUGAGUAGGAAAGGGUUUAACCCUCCGGCGCGUGGCCGUGACUUGCUGAUUGAAGGGUUGCUGAAUGCUGGUUACUUGGAGUCUGCUAAGGAGAUGGUGAACAAGAUGACUAAAGGAGGGUUUGUUCCUGAUGUUCAAACGUUCAACACUCUUAUUGAAGCUAUAAGUAAAACAGGAGAAGUUGAGUUCUGCGUUGAGAUGUAUUACACUGCUUGCAAGUUAGGUCUAAGUGUGGAUAUCGAUACUUACAAGACGCUUAUACCUGCGGUUUCGAAGAUUGGGAAGAUAGACGAGGCGUUUCGGCUGUUGAACAACUGUGUGGAAGAUGGGCAUAAGCCGUUUCCGAGUUUGUAUGCUCCUAUAAUUAAAGGGAUGUGUAGGAACGGGAUGUUUGAUGAUGCGUUUAGCUUUUUUAGUGACAUGAAGGUGAAGGCUCAUCCUCCUAACAGGCCGGUUUACACGAUGCUGAUAACGAUGUGUGGUCGUGGUGGGAAGUUUGUGGAUGCGGCUAAUUAUUUGGUUGAGAUGACGGAGAUGGGUUUGGUUCCGAUAUCGAGGUGCUUUGAUAUGGUGACUGAUGGGUUGAAGAAUAGUGGGAAGCAUGAUUUGGCUAUGCAGAUAGAGCAGUUGGAGGUUCAGCUUAGAGGUGUUUGAAAUACAGUGCGAGGCUUUAGAAUGGCUCUGAUAUUUGGGAUUUUUUGUAGAAACUCAGCUGCUUUGAGGUUGCAGUAUCAAGUACUUGGAGCUGAGUGUUGGUUAGAUUAUACUUGGAUUUGGGAGUUGAGUGUAGUUGAGGACUUGGGAAAGAGACGAGAAAGAGAAUGCAUUUUGAUGUACCUUAUUUGUUCAAUCUUGCUUUAUACCAAACUAUUGAUAGUUGAUACCAAUCUA